AUGGAUAACACUUUUUCUAUUGGAACACACUUUAGAGACAUUGGAGUUUAUGUUUCGGGAGCAUUAUUUUCCUUGGGCUGGUGGUUUUUUAUCGACUCUGCUAUAUACAGUAAAAUUGUUAACACAGGAAAUGUUCAUGUUACUUUAGUUGAUUGGGUUCCUUGUGUUUUGUCAACAUUUGGAAUGAUAAUUAUCAAUUCUAUAGACAAGAAUAGAUUGAUUUCAAAUACAUUUAUAUAUACCGGGUACAAUAUAGUCAGAAAAGCAAGAUUUUUAUUAUUUCUUGGGUUUUCACUUUUAGCUAGUGGUCUUGCUGGAUCUUUGACCGUACUUAUUCUUAAAUACGUUAUACAUAAUUAUUCCUUUAAAGUGCUUUACAUGGGUAUUGAAAAUAUGAUUGCAAAUGUUUUGGUUAUGUUAAGUACGAUUAUUCUUUGGGCAACAAUAAAUCAUGAAAACAAUCAGUAUCACUAUAAUCUUAUAUUAAGCUAA